AGGUUUUUCAAGGUUUCACCCGUGAAGGGUUUCCUCCUGCAGUCAUAACAAUGUGUUCUCGCGUGGCAGUGUCGUCUUUAUCCGCGCUGGUGUCUCGGACUGCAUCGGUGUAAUCUUCAGGCCUUUAGGGCCGUUUUAAGAUGAAGACGAUCACCUCGGGAAAAGAGCACGAUGUCAAGUACACGGCGAUAUCCAACGGGCCGAGCCAGCCCCAGCCUCAGCCGCGGACUGAGCCAUGUCAGGAAGAAUGCGAUAACUUGAUAAAGUGCGAUUCCCAGUUGGCGUCAAGCUUUAGAGACGGAAAGCUGCACAAGAGGCUCCGGCCGGGGUACUACCUCCAACGCGUCUUUCUGCCUAAAGCGAAGAGCCAGAGCGUCGUCCUCGGCAAAGGGACGGACGCCGUCCAGGACAAGGAACCAUCUGACUCUGAAGAGACGGAAAACUGGUUCAGGACGUGGCCGGACUGUCUUGAGAAGAAGAAUGACGACAAAGAAAAACAGUCGGAGACCAAGAAUCCGCCGGUCUCGCUCGACAGCGUCCUCCAUGAUCUGCCGAUCGCCUACAGCCCCGUCACCAAGCAGAUCCACCUCAUCGACGAUUGCGUGAAGAAGAACGAGCGGCUGCCGAGGACAGACACCGGGGCGAGUUCCUUCUCAAGCACCGUCUCCAGCCUCAGCGACGCUUCGCCUUCGACCAACGGCGACCAGCAGCAACAGGCCGACGUCGCUUUCGACGUCUCCGACAACUGCUCGCUCAUCUCCAUCGGCAACUGCAGUAUCGUCUCAGAAGACUCGGAUGGCGACAAGCCAAAGAGGAGAGGACUCUCGGGGUUUUUCAGCAGAGGAGUUUUUGGCUGGAAGGGUAAAGGCGAAUCUGAAGGCUGGAGCCUUUUUGGCAAAUUGGCGAAUGGGUACAACGAAAGAUCAAUUUCAAGCCUCUCUGAUGAACGAAGAUCCCUUGGUGGUGAUUCUGGCAGAGGUGUGCAAGGAAGCACUGGGCUGAUACAGCUAGAACGUCCCGCAUGGCUUCCUGCGAAAUCAAAGCAAGAACAGCAGGCCCAUUCUGAUGAGCAUGAAAAGAUAAUUUCUUCUGCAAGGAAAAAAGAACUUAAAGAAUCAAAGCAAAGGAAGAAGGUACUUCAGAGCCAACUUAAAGCCGAGGAUGAACUUGCAAGUGCUACUAGGACUUGGACCCAGGAGAUCCUACCUAACUGGAGUCAAAUGAGGGAGCAGAAAAAGACUCAAGAACUUUGGUGGCAAGGAAUUCCGCCAUGUGUUCGUGGCAAACUCUGGAGGCUUGCUAUAACAAAUGAUCUCAAUAUAACUCACGGCCUAUAUGAAAUUUGCGUAUCUAGGGCAUUACAAAGGUUGAAAAGUGCCGCUGGAAGCACGGAUUCAAUAGAUGAAUCCAGUAAAAAAGACGCCGAUAGAGAAGCUAGCAUGGAGCUGAUACAAUUAGAUAUAAGUAGGACCUUUCCUCAUUUGUGUAUAUUUCAAAAGAAGGGACCAUAUUAUGACAUGCUGCACAGCCUUCUUGCAGCGUAUGUCUGCUACAGGCCAGAUGUCGGCUAUGUUCAAGGAAUGUCGUUUAUUGCAGCGGUGCUGAUCCUCAACAUGGAUGCGCCCGAUGCUUUUGUCUGUUUUGCAAAUAUUCUCAACCGUCCCUGUCACCGAGCUUUUUACAGCCUGGAUCAACCACUGAUGGAGGCUUAUUAUGCAGUGUAUGUAGACCUUCUGAGAGAAAACGUUCCUCAGCUCUAUAAACAUCUUGAAUCUUGUAGCCUUACCCCCGAUCUGUACCUGCUUGACUGGAUCUACACUAUAUUUGCCAAAGCCAUGCCUCUCGACUUGGCGUCCCGAGUGUGGGAUGUCUUUCUUAGGGAUGGCGAGGAAUUUUUAUUCAGGACUGCUAUUGGCGUUCUCAAACUGUUCCAAAAGGAACUUUUGACCAUGGACUUUCUCUCCGGUUCACAAUAUCUUACUCGUUUGCCGGAGGACUUAAAUCCGAACGUUCUGUUCAAAUCAAUUGGUUCCAUUAAAAUGUCAGUUGGGAAAAACAACUUCAAGCAAAUACUUCUGUCAUACACACAUCAUGAUGUUUGAGACUGACGAUUCAACGUCAUUUCAGAAUUGGCAGCUGCCAAAGAUCGGACAAUAAAGUUUGUUUUUUUAGUCAAAAUAAAUAAAAGUUAUUUUUUUUUAUUGACAUAUUAACAUCAAUUUUAAUUGCGGGUUUUAAAAUGGAAUAUGUAUUUUACCGUCCGAAACAAUGAAUUUACUAGUAAAAUUUUAAAAAGCCAAUUUUGUUACAAUUUCAGUGUUAGUCAUGUCUAUAAACUUUCAAAAAAAUUGAUAAAAUGUAGUAAAAUAAAAGAUCUUUUAUCAUAAUAAAUGUAUAUUAUUUAUACAUUUUUUUAGUUUUAUUUAUUUAAGCUUUCAAAGAAGUUUUAAUUCUCUGGCAUUUAACGUAAUUUAUUUUAAAGGAGGACGACUGAAACUCAAUUAACUUCAUUUAUAGAAGAAAUCUAAUGAAUAAAUCGGUUCCUAAUUUAAGUGUUCCUAAAUAUUAAUUUAGAUUCAAAUUUUUGUACACAUAUCAAACUGAGCAACACAAGACGAUGUUUAUCUAUACUAAAUUAGUAGGAUUUUUUUUGCAGUUAAUUUGUUCCUCCAAUUUUGCAUGAUUGACUUCAAAUGAAUGUAAUAACAUUCAAAACAAUGUCAGAGAAUUUCAAAUGAUCAUUUUUAUAGUUUAAAGGUGCCAUUAAAAAAAAAUAAAAAAUUAAAAAAACGUCCUGCGAUAUGGCCUUAAAAAAUUAGUAAUUAAUUUUCCAAUUGAUUUGAGGAAAAUGAUAUGUGAUAUUAGUGGUUUUUUACUAGUAAUUUUUCUAUUGUAAUGUUUUUGGUACUAAGUUAAUUACGACCAUUGGAUUUCUAAAAGUGAUGCUUUUCAUAUUGUAGAAGAGAUGCCAUCACGAUUAAAUUAUGUAAAAUAUUUUCUAUUAUAUUGUUAAGAUUUUGUAUUUAUUAUUAUAUUUAUUUGUUCCUGGAUUUUUAAUUAUUGUACUCUCACGAACAAAAAUACUCUAUUUCACACUUUGUUUGCUCAAUUAAAUAACUUUAUAUGGUAUAAUUAAAAAUAUAAUGUAAACCAGAUUUUUUAUGCACUGUUUUUAUUCAACCCUCAGUCAGCGAAGGGUGUGCAGAACUAACACAAGAAAUAAAUAAAGCUUGCCUAGCUGAAAAGCUUACAUGUCUAUAGCAGUCUGAGGGAUGAAAAGAAUUGUUUUAUGUUAAAGAGAAAAAGUUGUGCCAUAGGCAUAUCUAUAUAUAUAAUUUUGUUAUUUAGUAUACUGUUUAUACUGUGCUAAUUUGAGUGAUAUUUAAUUAUUGUAAAAUUAUAUUUUAAAAAUUUAAUUGUAAAGGAUUAUACAUAAUUUCUAA